UCCCUGCUCUUACACGCAUUUCAAAAAUUUCUAAACGGCCCCAUCGGCUUGGCAUAAACGCGAAAAUGGAAGUUUAUACCUUUGAAAAGUCGUAUCUGGAGCGCCUGAAGGAAGCCGAGGCUGUACUCUCGUGGGAAGGAGCCGUGAUACCAGCCUCGCAGGUUCGAUCAGAGUGGAAGUCCUACGUAGAGCUAAAGAUUGAGCCGGCAGGCUGGCAGGCAAUUUGGAAAAUACCGCGCGUUAUCUGCGAGGAUCUGAAGCUCCGCUAUCCCACCAUUGUGUACGGUUACGUGGAGCAGGUGAUAUUCGACGAGCUGAAGGCUGUGUUCGUGGUGACCGCCGUGCAGGACAACGAUGUCCAUCUGCCGGAGAACAACGAGGUGUCCCUGGUGGAGCUGUGGCCCACGGUUCAGCAAGAGAACUCCGCCCUAAAUGUGGACACCACGGCGGAGUGCAUCGAUCGGUUGAGAUUUUUCUAUUCGCACGUUUGGAUGCCGUGGGACAAGGACUACGACGAUGACCGCGACUGGGUGCAGAUGCACCUGCAGGCUCGCAUCCAGCUUGCUUGUGAUCUGAGCAAAAACAAGCUGUCCCGUCCGCUGGCUCUGCACAUGCGCACGCUGCUCGCGGAGGCCAAGUACAUACAACAGCGCCUAGAGUACCUGGAACUUGACCUGAGCGAUGCCGAGCCGGAGAGCGACGACGAAGCUGUGGAACUGAACGACAAUGGAACAGAGCCGGCAAGGAGGCAGCAGCCUAAGCCGGGCAGCUCCGGAGGAAACAGUCUCAACGUGUCUACCCUUCCCGUGACAGAUCUAAUGUGCCUGCACUUGCGCAUGGCCAUAAUCAGAAGUGAGUUCGAGAUUCUGGAGAAUCCGGAGAUGAGGCGAGCUUACAGUGAGCUGCAGUCGAACUCCUUGAAACGGCAUCUGCUCCAACGCAGCUCUGGGAGAACCUCCAGACCAUCGGAAGAUCUGUUGAUUGAACGCGCUCCCAUUAGCCACGUGGUCGCUGUUCCUGGUGAGCUGCAAGAGCAGCUUAACUUAUUGCUGCUGGCCAAGGAGCUGGUUAAGCCACAGGCACAAGUACAGCUAGCUAACACGCUCCAAGGCGUGCUGAGCAUUUGUCAGAGCAACGACGAUAUCUUACUCUCGCCAGGUAACCACACCAUUAAGUUUAUGGAGCACCUCAACGACAAUGGCAGCCUCAGCGGGCUAGUAAAGCCAGAGGCGAUCCUAGCCCCCGUAGCGGACCUCUCCAAGCUGCCUGUGGUGAGCUCCAGUGAUGAGGACAGCACACUGCUUGUCAUUGACGGAGACUACGCUGUCUCGCAGCUCGUCCUAGAUUGUCGGCAUGUUCGUCGUGGCAUCCUCCUGCGCCAUGGCACCUUGACGAUGAGCGGGUGUCGUUUGCUGGGCGAUGGUAACUCAAGCACCCAAGAGGGCAUUGUCUGCAUGCCGGGCGCCAACUUGGAACUGAAGAACUGCAUCAUCGAGAAGUUUGCCGUGGGAAUUUCGAUGCGACCCCGAUCCGGCGCGGAACUGGGAAAUGUUCAGGUGAAAAACUGUCAUACAGGACUGGAGCUAAUGGAGAAAACAGUGUCCCUAAAUAUGCAGGGCAGCAAGUGCAGUUUUGAAAGUUGCAAGCUUGGUAUCUUGGCAGACGGCUUGGCCCAAGGUCAGGGAAACUCUAAAAAGUUGGUGGCUCUUCAGCAAUUCCGAGAACUGCAGCGAUACAACGAGGACAAUCUACUCGGGGACUGUAGCUUCAAUAACUGUGCAAACACGAUUCGAGUUUCUAACGAAUCCGAUCAGCUGCUGGCUCAGCGAUCGCAGCAGUGGCUCCUGGAGGACGAACUCGAGGGUGAAAACAAGGAGAACACUACAAUGGCCUAAGAGCAGCAUCAAAUAUGUAUAUCAAAGCAAUUAAAUCAGAUUUUCCUAUAAUAAAAACUACAUAAUAAAUUGAAA